UAAGAAAUAAAUGUUUAUAUUUUUAAUAAAUGAGAGAGUUUUAGUAAAUGACAGAAAACGAUAAGCAGGUCCGGCCGGCCCAGUCGCGAGCCCUGGUCCACGGAGUUGAAGGUCGCGAUUUCUGCAACCAUUUUUGGCCCGAUAAGCAUGGAACAACUCAAGAAGAGACGGACACGGGUGUUGCGUGCCUGUGAAAACUGCCGACAGCGCAAGCGUAAAUGUUCAGGAAAGGUCGUAUGCAGUGAGUGUGCUAAAUAUGGUGACGUCUGUGUCAUUAGAUCGCAUUUUAGUGCCGCAAGUUCUAUUUCUACACCCCAAUCCGACAGCAAAGAACAGCUUGAAAUCCCGGACUAUUUGUCAGUAAGGGGCCAGAAUGAUGCACCCGAGUAUUUUGGUCCCGCCAGUAACUAUUCGUUUGUCAACCAGCUAAAUCGUGUUUUACAACAACUCGACAAUUCCAACGACGAUGAGAACAAAGGGCUUGACCGGUUUGGGAUGGGUCCCAGCGUACUCGAUCAGUCCAAUACAGACUUUUCAGUAGACGAAAUCAGCACCGACACCAUGAAUAGACUCCUAGUUGCAUUCCUCGAAACAUGGUCAGUGACAUGUCCUAUAUUCGAAGCACCCCAAUUGUUCAACUUAGCUUCACACACCUGGAAAUCGCCUUCCAGCACCCCUAAUGACCGUGCAUUGCUCUACUUGGUUUUGGCUCUCGGAGCAUCCACUUCUUACUUUGACGUUGAUGAGAGCAAUGCCGAUGUUUUUCCAUUGGCCAGAGGAUUCUUCAACUUGGCCCUUCACGCGGUGCCUGGGAUCUCGUCCCAGACUUCCUUUGAAGCCGUUCGAGUGGUGUUUUUGAUGAGCUUGUGUGCAUGUGCUUUGGGAGAUACGGCAUUGUCUUAUGUCUACUCCGGUAUAGCAGUGCGAAUACUGUUGGCAAUAGGACUCCACAAAAACAGCGUGGUGACCCGUUCGCCAGACUAUGCCCAUCGUCAGAGAGUAUGGGUAUCCAUCUGGCAGUUCGAGCACUACUGGAGUUUUUGUGUGGGAAGACCCAGCAGUUUGGGUGAAAGCGUCACCGCACCCGAAGUGAAAAAAGAAGACUUCACCUAUUCUGGAUAUGGAGAGACCAACUCGUUCAUCACUACGUCGGAGCAUAUGAAGCUCCGAGUGCAGUUUGCUACCUCGCUUACUAAAAUCAACAUGGAGUUGUACAGCUCGAAGAACGAUCUUUUGACGAUUUUGAGCAAAGUGGAAUACUUUUCCAGUGAAAUCGAUAAUGCCUACUUCGCCAGCAGUGAUACGCAGAUCACACAGGCAAAAAUUGAGGAUGGGGUAGAGUUUGUGAAGAUUGAGCGUAUCAGAGAGUGGUUUUGGAUCAGAAUCUACUAUUUGUACAUCAAGCUUAUCAUCUUCAGGCCCUUUCUCAUAUUCAGUGUGUAUCUUACCAACACUAGUGCCGACGUGUCUCAGUCUAUCAGGGACAAGAUCAAGGCUGGUGCUGAUACUUGUGUGGAGGUGGCGAUUGAGUUGUCGGACUUUAUCAUCAAGUUGAACAAGAAAGUUCGCAUGUUGCAGCCAGUAUUGUUCAUCAGCAGCUAUCUUGAGAGCACAUCCACGGUAUUAUUAUUUUACACCGUCAGUAGUCUUGCCAGUAUCUCCGAUGUGUUGGCCCGUCGGAUAUGGAAUGCAUUGCAAGUUACUCGAAGCUUUUUGAAUGGUUCGUAUGGCUACUAUAUUGGAUCUCCCAAGAUUAUGGCUCGUGAUGGACUUGAAUCUUUACAUGAGGUAUUGACGAAAAAGGACACCGAUGACCGUAAAACUUACCUCGAUAAGAUCAUGAGUGCAGUACUGGUGUCAUCACCAACACCGCAGGAGUUUCAGGAUGAGAUGGGAUUGGAGGCAUUUUGGAUGCAAACUCUUGAUUGGAUCAGUUAUUCGUGAAUCAGCCAGAUAUGUUUCUGAGCAAAGAGGUGUAUGGAGUGGGUACUUGGACUUGUAUAAUUUCGUAAUAAAAUACAGAAGAUU